UCCUCCCGCCGGCUCCGCUGCCGCCGCGGCGGCCGCUGCUGCCGCCGCCGCCGCCGCCUGGAUAUAGUGCGGCAAGGCGCGGAGCUUGCAGUCACUUUGCGAGGAGGAGCGCGCGGGCUGCGGGCGGCUGGGGCACCCGGGAGCGGCGGCGGGCUAGCAGAGGCGGCCGUGGCAGCGGAAGGUUCUCUCUCCGGGGCUGGACUUAAUAACUUUGGAACUGUCCGCCGGUGUCACGUCCUGAACAUGAGCCUCCUCCUCUCCUUCUACCUGCUCGGGUUGCUUGUCAGUAGCGGGCAAGCUCUUCUUCAAGUGACAAUUUCACUCAGCAAAGUAGAGCUUAGUGUGGGUGAAUCUAAAUUCUUCACAUGUACAGCCAUUGGUGAGCCUGAGAGUAUAGACUGGUAUAACCCUCAAGGAGAGAAGAUCAUUUCAACGCAGAGGGUGAUGCUACAGAAAGAGGGCGUCAGGUCCCGACUAACCAUCUACAAUGCAAACAUAGAAGAUGCAGGGAUAUAUCGCUGUCAAGCAACCGAUGCCAAAGGACAGACACAAGAAGCUACAGUAGUUUUGGAAAUUUACCAAAAACUCACCUUCAGAGAAGUGGUGUCCCCUCAAGAAUUCAAGCAAGGGGAGGAUGCGGAAGUGGUUUGCAGAGUGAGCAGUUCCCCGGCCCCUGCGGUCAGCUGGUUGUACCACAAUGAGGAAGUCACCACCAUCCCCGACAAUCGGUUUGCAGUGCUUGCAAACAAUAAUUUGCAGAUCCUCAACAUCAAUAAAAGUGAUGAAGGUAUAUACAGGUGUGAAGGAAGAGUGGAAGCUAGGGGAGAGAUUGACUUCCGGGAUAUCAUUGUUAUUGUUAAUGUUCCACCAGCAAUCAUGAUGCCCCAGAAGUCCUUCAAUGCUACUGCAGAGAGAGGAGAAGAGAUGACCUUAACCUGCAAGGCCUCAGGCUCCCCAGAUCCUACCAUCUCUUGGUUCAGGAAUGGCAAACUCAUUGAAGAAAAUGAAAAGUAUAUUUUAAAGGGCAGUAAUACAGAGCUCACUGUCAGGAACAUAAUCAAUAAAGACGGGGGCUCUUAUGUCUGCAAAGCAACAAACAAGGCAGGGGAAGAUCAAAAGCAGGCCUUCCUUCAAGUCUUUGUACAGCCUCAUAUAUUACAACUUAAAAAUGAGACGACGUCUGAGAAUGGUCACGUCACACUCAUCUGUGAGGCAGAAGGGGAGCCAGUUCCAGAAAUCACAUGGAAAAGAGCUGCAGAUGGAGUCACCUUUUCUGAAGGUGAUAAGAGCCCAGAUGGCCGCAUUGAAGUUAAAGGGCAGCACGGACGCUCUUCACUGCACAUCAGAGACGUGAAGUUAUCAGAUGCCGGGAGAUAUGACUGUGAGGCUGCGAGUCGGAUUGGCGGGCACCAGAGGAGCAUGCACCUGGACAUUGAAUAUGCUCCUAAGUUUGUUUCAAAUCAGACAAUGUAUUACUCUUGGGAAGGAAAUCCAAUCAAUAUAAGUUGUGAUGUGAAAGCAAAUCCACCUGCAUCAAUCCACUGGAGAAGAGAGAAAUUGGUCUUACCAGCUAAAAAUACAACUCAUUUAAAAACUCACAGUGUAGGAAGAAAGAUGAUACUCGAGAUUGCCCCCACAUCAGACAACGACUUUGGACGAUAUAACUGCACUGCUACUAACCGUAUAGGUACAAGAUUUCAGGAAUACAUUCUUGAGUUAGCAGAUGUUCCCUCUAGUCCCCAUGGAGUGAAGGUUAUAGAGCUGUCACAGACCACAGCCAAGAUCUCCUUCAAUAAACCUGACUCCCAUGGAGGUGUGCCUAUUCAUCACUAUCAAGUGGAUGUCAAAGAAGUGGCAUCAGAAACCUGGAAGAUAGUCCGCUCCCAUGGAGUUCAAACUAUGGUUGUUUUGAGCAGUCUGGAACCAAAUACGACUUACGAAAUCAGGGUUGCAGCAGUGAAUGGCAAAGGGCAAGGAGACUACAGUAAAAUAGAAAUAUUCCAAACACUGCCAGUCCGUGAGCCAAGUCCCCCUUCCAUACAUGGGCAGCCAAGCAGUGGCAAGAGUUUUAAAAUCAGCAUCACCAAGCAAGAUGAUGGAGGGGCUCCGAUUUUAGAAUACAUUGUAAAAUACAGAAGUAAAGACAAGGAAGAUCAGUGGCUAGAGAAGAAAGUGCAGGGAAAUAAAGACCACAUUAUUUUGGAGCAUCUGCAGUGGACAAUGGGCUAUGAAGUGCAAAUCACAGCUGCCAACAGACUGGGGUAUUCUGAGCCUACUGUAUACGAGUUCAGCAUGCCCCCAAAGCCCAACAUUAUUAAAGAUAAUUGCUGUGAAGCAAAUCAAGGUGAAAAUGGAAGCCAGUCAUGGCACCUGAGUAUUGCUGGGUUUACUUUUGUGAUAGCCAUGAGUUUGUCUUGCUUGUUUUAGUGUUCUAUGUUCUAUGGUACUCCCUGAACAGAGAUAACAAAAGUGUAGCUACAGGCUACUCAAAAAUUAUAGUCAAAUUUUUCAGUCCAAUUUAUACUUACACAAUUCUCCUUCCCCUAAAUUCAGUACAUUCUUUAAUUUUUAUCUGGGUAAUUUGGAAGAAAGCAAUGCAGAAGGAAAUUACACAAGAAUUUUUUUCUUACAAAUACUUUUUCAGUAACAAUAUAUUUGAUGCUAAAUUCAUUAUUUUGCAAAGUAGACUUGGUCACAUUGAACUUAACUUCUAUAGUGUGUCUUGUUUUCAUUUUAGUUUGCAAAUAUCAUUCAAAUAUAAAAUUCAUAAGUACAAAACAUGUAAAUUGUUAUUUUACAAAAUUGUGAAUCACUUCUACAAGUAUUUAAUACUGUUAAAAGAAAAUUUCUGGUUUUGUGAACAUUUCUAAGAUUUUACAGUUUUUACCAUUUAUAUAAACCAUAAACUUGAUACCCUAAUAUUUCAGAUACAUUUAUUUCUUUCUCUGCUUUCUGUAGUUUGAGAUAAACAAUGUCUGAAGGAACACAAUAAAAUGAAGUUUCUUCUUUUUAUUAUAAAAACCCAAUUAACAUUUCCUUACAUGAAAAUGCUUUUCUCCCAUUGUCCAGAAUAGGUAAACUUAAUCUCAGUGUGUUUAAAUGUUACUAAGUUUAGUACGUUCACAUGAAUCUUAGGGCAGUAUUGCAGAUCUAAAAUCUGAUCCAGGAAUCUAUUCCACUUUCACUACUUCUGACAGUCCCCUCCCUUUUGCAAGCAUCAGAAUGCAAAGUGGCCAUUUUAGGCAUUACUUUAAAGGAGAUGAAAAUGAGAGGGGAACAAGAAGCUGCUGCAUUCAGAUAAAGCAAAACAAAACAAAAACCAAUACAAACAAAUCAAAACCAACUAACCAAACAAACAAAUAAAAAAACUCAAUUAAAAAAACUACAUGAAAAAUGAUAUCUCUUUCUCCAGUUUUAGUUAUUUGUUAAUGAGAGGAAUGUGCUGUUAGCUUUGAAGCACAUCCUAAGAAAUAAAGAUUACUAUUUAAACCAAUUAAGAAACCAGGCACGCACACACACACACACACACACACACACACACACACACACACACACAUUCACAUACAAUCACACCAUUUAUAUAGACAAACAUAACAGUCUUUACUUGCUCAAUCAAAAAAUAAAAAACAAAAAGUACAGCUUUAGAGAUUCAACCUCUAAAAUCAAGUAUUCAUUUCCCUGAAACACUGUCCCUAAUUUUGGGAUACCCAAACAUAUUAUUGAUUAUAUAAAGUCCAAAGAGAUUAUGUGUGCAUUAGUUUCCAGCUUUAUUUUAUUUUAUAAUUUAAAACAUCAUGGCUUUCAAUUAUUUUUUAUCUUGUAAUUUGUAAACUAACCUGAAAAUGACUUAUUUAAAGAUAUUUUCCUUCUUAAUGAAACAGCAAAAAAUUCUAAUUAUUAUAAUAUGGCAAUCUAAUUAAUAUCUCGGGAAUUUUUUUCUACUUUUGCAAUAUAACAUUAACCAUGCUUUUAAUAUAUAAUAUAUAACAUUGAAUUAUAUUUCUUGAUAUUUUCCUGAAGAAAUGAUAUGAUUGUUGCUGAAAAACACUUCUAAGCAUCUUUCUUCCCAUCCUUAAUUCAUGACUCCAAAUAUUUCCAUGAAAAUGUCACUUGUUAUUUAACUCGACUUGAAAUCACAAAUCAUUUGGAACACAUGAAAUGUGUGCUUAGUCAAUUAUAUUGAUUAAUUUUUUUUUGUUUACAUCCCCAAACUGAACAUUACCAAGAAUGAUACCAAAAAUAGUCAAUGUCAAGGUUACACAGAAAUGUAUCAUUUUGGAAAUGACAAAAUAAUUGCAUUGUACCAAAGGAACAUAGAAAUUACACACUUACUGAUGGACUAAGAAACUGGCAAGGCUCUUGUUGCUGAGUUAUAUCUUUUAUUGUCCAAAUUACAGUAAUGUGUAAAAACAUAAACCUCUCCUCUUUACCCAUUUGUGUACUUAGAAUCAGUCAGUGAUAAUCUGCACUGUGAUAAGGAAAUCGUAAAAAAAUCCAUAUAAUUAUUAGUUUCUACCCCAUAUUUUCCUGAUUGUUUUUUAAAAAUUCCAGUUGUUGAAAGUAUAGAAAUAUGUGUAGUAAGGUGAGUGUACUAUUAACUAUUAUAUAUAGUUAGAUAACCUUUGAUCUAAGAAGCUGUGUAUCACGAUUCAUAAUGUUGAAAUAUUUCAGUAGUUUUUAGACAGUGUAACAGUGAUGGAGCUUAACGGAUUUGCUUAUGCAUGCAUUACCAUGUUAUCUGUAUGUAUAUGUGUUACAUCAGAAUAUGAUUUUAGUCAUUUCAAAGUGUCUCCAUUUUCUCUACUCAAUCCCAGAACAGUAACCCUAACACCUAGAUUCAGGGCACUCUCCUUCCAAGUGUAAGUUUUAUAAUGAUUUAUUAGGUCACUCUGUGAGGUAGCAGUAGGUUCUUCCCUACAAAAUGUCUUCUAGGACAAAUUGCUAUUCAAAAUCCUCCUCUUUAUAAUUGUAUGGAUUUAUAUAACUAAGCAUUCUCUUAUGAAAUCCAUCCUUAGCUUCAAAAACUAUGAGGAUGCAUAUAUGUAAGUAGUAACCAACAAGAAGUUUAAAUUUUUAACGGCUUUCCCCUUUUUUCUUAUUUUCAUUUUACUAAUUUAUCUAAACAUGUAAAUAUUAGAUAUAUUAUAAUAAAUAGUAAAUAUUAGAUUUAGAUUUCCAGUCUGUUUUCUAUAUAUGUAUAAUAGUUUUAGUUUUACUAGUAUAUAACAAAUGUAGUAACAAAUUUUAUUUUCUAAUAAGUUUUAAAACAUACACCUUCAUAUUUAAGUUCAUUAUUCAAAAUGACAUAUAUGAGUACAUAUAUUGUGUAAAGGAAGUUAACAUGAUAACUGCCAUCCAUUUAUUACAAUACUGUUUAUUUAACACUACACAUGUAUUAGGAUUCAAUUAUAUUCAAAUCAAUGAGAGAAAAUGUUCAAUGGAUCCUCUGUGUUUUGAUUUGACUAUUCAUUUCAUUUACCAAGGCAUAUAGUGUAUAAAGUUUGUCAUGUAUAACCAAAUUAGGACAAACAUUUUUGUAUAUAUAAACAUUAAGUAUUAUGUGAUAUUCUCUUACUAAGAAUGGAGAAGACAUUUUUAAAAUUAAAAUGACUUUGCAAAUUCAAGAUGAUUAGAUUAUAUCAAGACAAGAAAGUAGUGUUUUAUUCUUAUUUUCAAUAAUUUUUCAAGUUGUACUUCAAAUGUAAAUAAUCAAAAUUAUUCAUUUUUGUUAUAAUGUUAGAAAUUGUGAGUGUUCUAAAUAACUUAUUGAUAGCAGUAACUAUUAUCAUACAUAAUUUGCUGACACUAUAAUUAUUCCUGAAUAAAUCCAUAGGCAUACAUACAAGUAAAUGCCAUAUAUAAUUUGCUAUUUUAGAUGUUUUGUGAUGAUUUAUUCCUGUGGUGCACAAAUGCUCUGACUUAACAAUCUCAACAACUCCAAAUUAAGUAUCCUUUUUAUCUUCAAAAACUUAUUCUUAAUAAUUAUGCCACCGUUUUUAAAAACACAUUACCUUUUCUACCAUUUAUUUUCUUUUCUGUCUAGGAAUGAAUAUAUUUCCUGUAGUUGGUUUUCUGUUAAUCACACAUAAAACUUAAUUCCUGUUUCAGUAGUUACAGAGAAAUAUAUCAUUAAUAUGGAGCCAAUGCAUUUAAUAGAUUAGUCACAUUUGCCUGUGUCAAACAAUUGAAUACAUAAUAGUUCUUGAAUUGAUUAUGAAAUCAAUUUAAAUUGCAAGCCAAUAUCCUUAUGAAUUAAGUCAUAAAAAAGACAUAGUUAAUUAUACAUUCUAAAGAUUUUGCUAAUAUCAAGUUUAGUCCUUAACUAAAUCAAAUAUUUCUGAAUUUUUAUUUUGUACUUUUUCCAAUAAUGACUAGUUCAGAUUAUUAUUUUAUAGUCAAUAUUUUAAAAUUGUAUUCUGUGUACACACAGAUGACAAAAGUUAUAUUUACUUUAAAGAUAAUAUAAUUUAUAUGUACCAUGAUGAGACAAUAAUGGCUUUCCUUAUUUCAUAGAACUUAAAUUUGCUACCUUGUCUAAAAUUAUGUACUAGAUAAAAUUAAUAAUCAUGUACUGAAUCUCCCCCAACUUUUAGUUAUUAACUUCUAACCCUAAAAUAUUUAUUAGGAAAUGCUAUGGAUAUAAAGUGUAUUAUUUUAUAAAAUCAAUUUAUUAGAAUUUCUAGAAAUAGAAAAAUCAAUAUUUAAGUUGUGUAAAAUGCACAUGUUUAAUUAAAGUGUGUGUGAAGUGUUCUAUGCACUCCAAUCUAUGAUAACAUCUUCUGUAGUUUGAUAUUUUUAUCUAUUUUGAAAUACAGUCUUGAAUUCAUCCACAUAUACCUAUAUUUCAUUUUAAGUAUGUACUAAUGUUGGUUUUAUAAUAUCUAGGCAUUAAACAGUUUCUCAAUUUGUUUAUAUUAAGGAUGAAUUAAUUUUAUUUUUAUCACUUUGCUUUAUGAAAGACAAUAUGAAGUUACAAGUUAUGAAAGCUGUAUAAUUUUGAAGUGCUGCAUCAUUUAAAAAUUAUAGUUGAUUCAAUUUCAUUUUAUGUAUGUAUUAAAUGGGCAAUGUGAACUCCUGAGUCUUUUGAGAAAAAUAAACUAAAAAUAACUACCUUCAGUAACAUCCACAAUUCAGACAUAUUUAUGAGUAUUUUUCUCAUAACUUUACAUUUACUUUAUGUAGUUUUUACAUUUGAAACUGACUAUUUGAUCAUUUUAAUGGCAUUUGUUUUCAUCACAAAUUAUUUUAUUGAAAAUAUGUACAUGUUAUAAAUGUAUUGUCUUUGGUAUCAUCUCUUAUUUAACAUGCCCCCAUUUAUUAUCCAGUACAAUGUAUAAUCCUGUGCAUGUUUUCCAUUGUGUAUUAAAUGUCAUUUUAUUUUAUGUAUCUCUGUGUCUUCUCCAUUGUUGUAAUAAAGAAAA